UCUCAUUCGUCGUCUCCCAGUCACAGGAGCAGGUCGAUCUGGUCCAUGUGUGGGAUCUACUGGAUUAUUCAUUUCCAACUUCUUUCGUUUGUCGGUCUCUCGUCGUUCUGUUGCCGAUUCUGUUCUGGAAGUUGGACUGACGCUCGUGUCUCGCUGUCUCUGGAAGCAAAGCAUCAUGGGAGACGUGUGUAAAUUAUUGAUGGUCAAACAUGCGCUGAUCUGCAGCUGCUUCGUGGACGUUCUUCGAAUGGCCAAUCUGGACUAAAGGCAAACCCAUAAGUUACCCAGCAUGCUUUAGGGCUCCUUCCUCCUUGUCUGCCGCUGCUAUUUGUGGCGUUUAAAACCAGGCUUCUUCAUCUGCUGUUUUAUUCAACGUCCUCCCGCUGGUCGGAGUUUUGACUCUUAGUCUUCAGUCGUCGUCAUGUUCACCAUAAAACCCGCGUAAAGUUACAGUUGUAAACAUGGCAGAAGUCUUUUUACUGAGUGGGAGGAGAUUCUGUGGUCAUGUGGUCCUCUAAAGGAUGUAAAGUUUGAUUCAAGCUUCAACUGGAGGAGCGUCCGUGUUGAAGAACCUCCGCAUGUGGUCGUCCUGACUGAUCUGAGAACAGCUUUACUUUGUGAAGAUGAGCCGACGGCGCCUUGAACCCACGGAGCUUUGUUUUCCUCAUUAACUGGACAUGUGAACGUCGGCUGCUCCCACUGGUUGGUCUGUCCACUUCCCCACCAUGGACCGUCUCUGACCGUCGGCCCGAUAAUCACAGAUUGACGGUGGAGCCUCAUGUCCUCUGUUCAGUGAGUGCCGUCCAUCCUCAGACCCUGUAAACCCAGCAGGAACCCCUCUGUGAACCCUGGGGCCAUGGCCGCUGCCAUCGCCAGCUCCCUGAUCCGGCAGAAGCGCCAGGCCCGCGAGUCCAACAGCGAGAAAGUCGCCACCAACAAGAGGCGAACGAGCCCCAACAAAGACCCACGCUCGCUGUGUGAGAGGCACAUCUUCAACGUCUUCAGCAAAGUCCGGUUCUGCAGCGGCAAGAAAAGGCCGGUCCGCCGGAAACCAGAGCCUCAGCUGAAGGGCAUCGUGACGCGUCUGUUCAGCGAACAGGGAUUCUACCUUCAGAUGCAGCCGGACGGAGCCAUCAGCGGAAACAAGGACGAGAACAGCGACUACACUCUGUUUAACCUGAUCCCUGUGGGUCUGAGAGUCGUUGCCAUCCAGGGGGUGAAGGCUGGACUGUACAUGGCCAUGAACGCAGAAGGAUUCCUCUACACAUCAGAUGUCUUCACAGCCGAGUGUAAGUUUAAGGAGUCGGUGUUCGAGAACUACUACGUCAUCUACUCGUCCACGCUGUACCGGCAGCACGAGUCGGGCCGGGCCUGGUUCCUGGGCCUCAACAAGGACGGAGUCAUCAUGAAGGGAAACCGCGUGAAGAAAACCAAACCCUGCUCACACUUUGUCCCCAGACCCAUCGAAGUCUGUAUGUAUAAGGAGCCGUCGCUGCAUGAGUUGGAGGAGAAGCUGCUGAAGGGUUCGAGGAGCCCAACGCUGAACAGUGAGGGGCGCAGGAAGGUUCAGGAGGAGCAGCCUGAGCCGGACGACUGCACAGAGCGGGACGGCUCAUAGCCUGGAGCGCCCCCCGCAGGACCAGGAGGGAGGAGGAGGGAACUCCCAUUUUAACGCUCCCUCUGUUCAGCAACUACAACCACACCGACGACGACAACGACAACGUGGACGGCGACAACAACGAAAACAGAGAAAAAAAGAAGCAAAAAAGUCAUAAAAGGAAAAAUCUUCUUGCUCAUGAUGAUUUUAAAUCUUACGGGGCGGGGCCGGGGGAGGGGCUUACCUGAGAAAGAGGGGAAAAAAUCAGGACAUUGAUGAUAAUGAUUUACAUUUUAUGCAAAAAGCCGUGUGGACACAGCACCUGGAGGCUAGCACACCUGCAUCGCCUCAUCAUCAUCAUCAUCAUCAUCAUCAUCAUCACUGUCAUGAUGAUGACAAGAUAAUUUUUUGAGUCAAGCGAGCGCUGAGAACUCUGAAGCUUUAAGCCAUGUAGAAACUUCACCUUCACCCUUUCAUUUGAGGAGCAAAUGCAACAACUCUGGCACUUUGAACACAUGGUCCACACACACUGCUAUGUCUACGUCUACUGCUUCUACUGCUUCUGCUUCUUCUGCUUCUUCUUCUCCUCCCCCAUCUC